AGGGUGCUAGGCGUGCACUGCUGCAGGGCCUCAUCAAGUCCUCUGAAUGAAUGAGUGGACGGCUGCCCAUGGCACUACAGUGGAGACUCUCCAGGCCUCCCCUGACAAGGAUUUCCCCCUGGCUGAGUUUGAGGAUUGAAGGAGGGCAGUGUGUAAGCCGAAGUCCUGUAAUAAACCAAGGCCUGCUGUAAAAGAGAAUUCAGCUUCUUUAUUAAAGCCAACACAAUGCAGAGGAGAAGCUGUAAAGGGAAAGGGCGCAGCACGCACAAACCACAGCCCGGUCACAAGGGGCAUUGCAAAUAUGGAUUUGUAUUCUGCAGGGCUUAUCUCCCUUUCCCUGUAGCUUGACUAAGGAAAGAGGAUAAGUAAACAAGACAGAUCUACUGGCAGAGCAGAGCAGCGCACUGCUGAAAGACCAGGAGGUGCUUCCAUUUGCCAGCUAUCCUAGCAUGCAGUUCUCCUCAGUGGACCCACCCAUGCCCUCACCACCAUACUACUCCAGUCAAAACUAUUAUCCCCAGUAUGGCGAGGACUGGUAUACUUCCUCGACGAUGUACGAGCUGCGGAAAGGACUGGUGGAGAGCAGCUAUGACAUGCCGAUGGAGGAAAAUGCUCCACCAGUGUGCAAGCGGCCUAGGCAGGCUUCUCAUGGCAGUCGAGUCAAAGGGGAGGAGCUGUGUGUGGUGUGUGGUGAUAAGGCAUCAGGCUACCACUACAAUGCGCUUACCUGCGAGGGCUGCAAAGGCUUCUUCAGGAGGAGUAUUACGAAGAAUGCAAUUUAUAAGUGCAAAACUGGGGGGCGCUGUGAGAUGGACAUGUACAUGCGUAGGAAGUGCCAGGAAUGUCGGCUCCGGAAGUGUAAAGAGAUGGGAAUGCUGGCAGAAUGUCUGCUUACAGAAAUCCAGUGCAAGUCUAAACGACUAAAGAAAAAUACAAAGACUUCUUCAGAAGAGUCAGGUAUGGAUCAAACCAAAGGUGGAAGUAGUGGAGAUACCAAGCAGGUCACCUCCACCACAAAGCUUUCAAAGGAGAAAGUUGAGUUUUGUCCAGAUCAGCAGACCCUGCUGAACUACAUAGUGCAUGCUUAUAAUAAACACCGUAUACCCCAGGAUAUGGCGAAAAAGCUUCUUCAAGAGCACUACAGUACAGAAGAAAACUUCAUUUUAUUGACAGAGAUGGCAACUAGUCAUGUACAAGUGCUUGUUGAAUUCACCAAAAAUAUCCCAGGUUUCCAGACCCUGGACCAAGAAGACCAGAUUGCUCUUCUUAAAGGUUCAGCAGUGGAGGCCAUGUUCCUGAGGUCUGCACGAGUCUUCACCAAGAAGCUACCUCACAGACACACUGAAGUCCUGGAGGAGAGGAUACGAAAUAGCGGUAUAUCAGAACAGUAUAUAAUCCCUAUGUUCAACUUCUAUAAAAGCAUCAGGGAGCUCCAAAUGUUACAAGAGGAGUAUGCUCUUCUCACUGCUGUCACCAUCCUGUCUUCAGACCGUCCCUAUGUGAAGGAUCAGGGGGCUGUGGAGCAGCUGCAGGAGCCUGUGCUGGAGAUCCUGCACAAGUUCUGCAAGCUGCACCAUCCACAGGAGCCGCAGCAGUUUGCGCGUCUGCUGGGAAGGCUGACGGAACUGCGCACGCUCAGCCACCACCAUGCUGAGAUGCUACUCUCCUGGCGUGCCAACGAACAGGAGCUCACGCCGCUGCUCUGUGAGAUCUGGGACAUGUAGCACCCCCAGAGGGACACAUCAGCUGGUUCAAAGGGAAACACGAUGAAAGACAGUGUGAAUAUGAGAAUGCCUCAUUUGCAUAUUUAAUGUAUAAUGAAUGGUGCUAUAUCCAAAAACUACAGGUCCAUCCAGAGUGCAUACUGAUUGACUAGUUUAUAGAUCCAGACCAGCACAACCUGUUUGAUUGUAAACAUUUUCAGUCUGGAAUUCACCGCCAUUCUGAAGUCUGUAUGUCUUUCCAAGCAUAAAUUGAAAAUGUACGUUUUAUGAGUCAUAUAAUAAGAAGACUGCAGAAAUGAGAUGGUGGAGUUUUUUUUGCUGAGGUGUCUUUAAUGCAACUCAACAAAUGCAUGCAUGCUGGAACAUGAAAUAACAGUAUUGUUAAAUAAUUGUAAAUCUAUUUGUAAAUUAAUUUUUUUCCUGUUGAUCAUAACAGUGGAGUCGGAAGGAGUUUGACCUUGGGGGGGCCUAAUUUGGAGUGGUGGUGGCUGGGGGAGAUAUAUAUUGGGAUAUUGCAAUGGGCAUAACAUGCAAUACUUACAUAGUGAAAGGAUAUGAUGUAAGAAACACUUUAUUUAAGGGGGCACAAAUUAUUAACUCAGGUAAUACAGUCAAACCUCCCUUAUCCGGGCAUAAUGGGACCAAGGGAUGCCGGUGACUUAGAAAUACAUGAACAGUACAGUACAACGUACAUGUGUACACAUACAAAUUACAUGGUAUUUAUGAGGUACAAGGCUUAUAAUAGGAUGUUAUUUCAGUCUGAGUUAGCGAAUCAUCCAGUUUUUAACCAGCAUCAAGUGAGGUGGAUGAUUUUUCUUUGAAAUAUCGCCUACCGUAGACUUAGCCACUCCAAAAUGGUCUGCAACAACUCUGUGUGAUUUUCCUUUUUGUAUCUCUGUAAUGAUAUUGAGCUUCUUUUGAAGGUACUUGACACUACGCUUCCUUUUUGAAGCAAUGGGUUUUGCAGUUUUAGAGAAGGGUCCAGCUGCAGACACCUGUAAAGUGGAGCUCCACCGGAAAUAUGUCACUUCCACAGGAAACACGUGAUCUCAACUCUGUGUUACAGUGAAUAAACCCUAACCCUAACCUUAACCCUAACCCUACAUGUUUCCUGUGGAGGUGACGUAUUUCCAGUGGAGCUCCACUAUACAGGCGUCUGCAGCUAGACCCUCUUGGCAGUUUUACAUGCCGCUGUAAGUUCAGCUCUGCCCACAACUCUCUGUAUGCCGUAUUCGUCACUUCCGUCUUCUGAAGUGAAAAGUCAACCCCAAGACGUCUCAGGAGCUCACUUAUUGAUUAUUAUUGGUUUGCUUUUCAUUGAUGGAUAUUACUGUGUAUGAUUUAUUUGGUUUAUUGGAUUUCUGAUUUUCGCUUUGCCCUUGUCUAUACUUUCGCUUGGGUUUACUUGCAAUUUGGUUUCAAGCUCUUGCCCGGAUUUUGGUUAACUUUUGGUUAACAAAGCGGACUUUGACGCUUUGAUCUCUGUGUAUGCUGUGUUUAUGUGUCAGGUGCGUAGGGAGUGACUGCCAUUUUUGUUUUGCGAGCUUUUGUUGUAUUCUGCUGUUUGGAUAGGGAGUAAGGUGUUGAAUUCGUCAUUGUGUUUUUGUUUUCUCUGCACUUAGGUUUUAGUUGCGUUCGGAAGCUGGAUUUUGCUUAUUGAUUUCGUUAUGACUCCUGAGUCCUUUUACACCGGGUUUAUUUGUUCUGUGUCCAUGGCGUGUCAAUAGGAACAGAAAAAUAUCUUUAAAAAAAUACCCCUUUGUCCACGUAUGUUCCCUUGUCUAUCGCACCCUGUACUUCCCUUACUCCACGUACCCUUUCCCCUUUAUACUGUUACGCCCCAACCCUAGACUGUGGCUCGUAACAACAGCUGCUGGUUGUGUAAAAUUAAUUUGUGCAUGCGAGUGUCUAGAGCUGCGCAGUAGAGGGAGGUGCCUGUAUAUUGGAGGUCCAAAUAAGGGAAGUUUGACUGUACUGAAGUGCAAAUCCUGAACAAAUACGGUACAUUGGUCUACUUGAGAUAAAAGAUGCGUCAUAAUUCAUUAAUGAAUAUUAAGUAUGAGAUCAGUAUUACUUGCUCCUUCAUUAGUUCCUUCAGUAUUUCACAAAUAUUUACAGAAUUAGAGAGAAAAUUGCCACAAUUUAUUAAUGAUGAACGAUCAUGAGAUCUGUAUGUAACUAAGACUUAUAGUUUGUGGUUAAUUAAUACAUAAUUAAUAGCAUGGUGCUACAUUAUUUAUGCUCCCCCAUGUAAAGUUACAAGAAUGAUUGCAAAAUAAUUUUAAAAUGAUAAAGAUUUAAUCAUUUAAAAUGAAACUAAAACGGUUUAGGGUGCAGUUUCAACUAAACAAAACAAAAAAAAAUAUCA